AUGACCUUCCCUCCCCCUCACCCUUCCGCCCAAUCGUCGAUUGCUUCUGGCACCGAUAAAUCUUCUUCGACCAGGACCGAUAUUGGUGCCUGGGGUCGGUCCGUGUCGCAGUCCGGCGCACGUCGUGGGUUGACUCCACUCGCGACCAACAUAUCCUCCGCCGCUCCCCCCACGGCUUCCCGGGGCUUGGACGCAGGCCUUGGGGUUUCAACACCAUCUUCUUUCUCUGCAGUGCUGAGCUCUGCUAGGGGUCUUUCCGGUGGAAGUCCCAAACCCACAUCUUCGCCGUUCACAUCAUUGCAAUCUGGCUCGCAACAGCACGCAACAACACUCUCGUCUCCAAAGUUCCGAGCUCACACCCCUUCCAUAGGGUCUCAUUUGGCCUCUGCUACAAGCUCCGCCCCGGGUGGAGGAGGUACUGGGGGAGGAGGUGGUGGGCCGGGAUCUACCAGAGGUGUCUUCUCGCCGCUCUCGUCCGGAACGACCGUGAAUUCUCCCACAGGCUUCGCUUCUGACAAGCCGGGCUCUGCAGCUGCCCAUUCGAGCCAAUCAUCGCUCACCAAAAUAUCCAUUGCUCAGGUAUUCCUGUUGCUCGAUUCUAUCACAGAGAAAGAAGGAAAAGAGAAGUGGGAAACAAAGGCUGCCCAGAUACAUAAGCUUGUGACAUCGAACGGAAUGGAGGUCUUUUCCAAAUACUUUCGCCGCCUCCUAACAGGAAAUGCGCCACAAAUCUUCCCAGGUGUUAACAAAUCCGUUGAGAAUGCGGGCAACUACCCUCUCCUCGUCCAAGAGCUGCAGAAAGUGUCUUCGGACAUGGAGCAGGCUCAGAAAAUUGCUGAGACAGUAGAUACUUCUGAAGGAGAUAUCUUCCGUGACUUUGACCUCUCCACUUUCCUGGAUCAUUUCCGACUGGACCCAAUUGUCAAGGUUGCACUUGCCUUGGCUUUCAAACUGACUAGCAAGUCAGAUCUUCGUGCUAAAGCCGAUGCCAUCCUCUCGAAUUCAAUUGCCCCCUUCUUACAGAGCUUGGCGACUCCCACCGACGUGACUAAGGAUUACCAUAACUCAUUCCUCGGCAUGACGAUUGAACGUUUCAUCUUAUACCCUCCCCGCAAUUUUGCCGACGAUGUCAAGGCGAAACUGGUCUACGCGGCUAAUCUGCGAUACCAAAAACUUGGCUUGGAUAUGCCAUUCGAAGUUUCGUCUGCCCUACAGAUGUUCAAUUUUGUCAACCCUCAAUAUGUCCUUGUUCGACAGCUUCAUGCCAAAGGACCACGUGCCACUGCAAAUAUCGAGACCAUAAGUGAAAUGCUAAACGCAGACCCGAAGAACUUCAACGAAGAACAUCUCGCAAGCGGCCUUCUUUUCAUGAUUCUGUCGCAAUAUUGGGAGCAAUUCUCGCUAGAGACAUUCUUAAGUGCAUAUAACGACAAGCCAAUCAAUUGGCCCCUGGUGUUCCGCCACUUCGACCGUGAGGGCCUUCGAGUGGACCCGAAGCAAUUCACCAAAUUGUACAGUGUUCUAUCCGCCAUGUCGGUCGACGACUCGUCUUUGGAUGUUCAAAAGCUUUGGGGUGGAGACUGGGAGCAUCGUGACACUCAGAUGUCAUUCCUGACAGCUUUUGUGGCCUCUCGGAUCGACCCAUCACACAUCACCAAUCUUCGCGCAACUUUCCCUGCUGACUUCUUUGAGGACGCCCCUGAUAUCGUCAAAUUGCAAGGCGAGCGUGCGGCAAAGUCACCUCUUCGGUCCAUGGACGCUAUGAAAGCAAUUUUCGACCUCGCCUUGUUUUCCCAGGCUUCAUGGGCUGCAACAGAAAGUCAGCUCCUUAUUAAGGCCGUUGUUCAACUUGAUCUCCCGGUCUUCCUCUGCUCCGCUCUUGCUAUUCCGCAGCCGUGGUCCAGUGUUCAGCAGAGCUUUGUCCUCCGUACGUUCAUUGUUUUCAUUUCGAAGCAAGAGGAUGGAUACCAGCUCGCUCUCCACGGUGCCUGGCGACAGGAUCGACAGUGGGUAUCAGAGCAGCUUUUUACCACUUUCACUCAGGACCCCACCUCGACCGCUGUGAUCUAUGAGCACGCCGCGGCAUAUGGAUGGCUCGAUUAUCUUCUUGGGUUCACCAACGGUCUUGCCCUCGAUCUCGCCUGUUAUUCCCACCGCAAGAGUUCAUUUGACCUUGAGCAGUGGGUUCGCAAUGCCGCCCAGAAAGGUGCUAUAGACAUGGGUGGUCUCCUUUCCAAGUUCCUACGAAUUAAAGCCGAGGACGAAUUGCACGUCCAACGGAAGGAGCAGUCUGCUCAUCAAAUGGUCAGCCUCGCAGUCAAAACCGUUUAUACACUUUUAUCUGUGUUGGAGGAGUACGUCGGGGACCGUGAAAAUCUCACACCUGUCCAACGCAUUUGCAUUCAAACAUAUCCUCGCUUGAUCAACUACGGCGAAGGAUUCGAUGAUAUCAUCGACGCCAAUGGUGAGAAUGGCAACACGUUGCCCGAUUCAAUCGACAAGCAAAUGCAGGAGCUAUUUGGUAAAAUGUACCACGAAGAACUCUCGCUUCGUGAGAUGCUGGAGUUGAUGCGAAAAUACAAGUCUUCGCGCGACCCCACAGAACAAGACCUGUUCGCUUGCAUGGUGCACGGCCUGAUUGACGAAUAUCAUUGCUACCAUGAGUACCCGCUUGAGGCUCUGACCAAGACUGCGGUCAUGUUUGGUGGCAUCAUCAAUUUCCGUCUUGUUGACGGCAUCACGCUGAAGGUCGGCCUCGGUAUGAUCCUCGAGGCUGUCCGUGAGCAUGAACCCCACGACCCGAUGUACAAGUUUGGCGUGGAAGCGAUUGAGCAAUUGAUCAACCGUCUUCCGGAGUGGGCUGGUUUCUGCCACUUGCUCUUCCAGAUUCCAUCUCUUCAAGGAACGCCCAUCUACCAAAAGGCAGAGGAGGUCCUCCGUGAGCAAGGGAAUCAUGAAGCCGAGCCAGGUCCUCCUGCAGGCCCUGCUUCUGCACCUCUGACCAAUGGCAACUCUGUUGACUCCCCCAUCGCUGAUGGCUCCGUGCGCAAGUUCCGUGCUGUUCAAGUCGAUCCACCUCUUCGAUCUGAACUUUAUGAAGAGCCGGAUGAAGAUAUUCAGGACAAGAUUCUUUUCGUUCUCAACAAUGUUUCCGAACAGAACAUCGACGAGAAACUUGAAGAUUUGCAAGAAGUGUUGCGCGACCAACACCAUCAGUGGUUCGCCGCAUACCUUGUGGAAGAACGUGCCAAGUUGCAGCCCAAUUUCCAGCAGCUGUAUCUUGACCUUCUUGGGCGCAUUGGCGACAAGAUCCUGUGGGCUGAGGUCCUGCGGGAGACCUAUGUCAGUGUUGCUAAGUUGAUCAACUCAGAAAACACCUUGAACUCGUCUACCGAUCGCGGUCACCUGAAGAACCUUGGGGCUUGGCUUGGUUCGCUCACUAUUGCCAAAGACAAACCUAUCAAGCACAAGAAUAUCUACUUCAAGGGCCUGCUUCUUGAAGGCUAUGACACCCAACGCCUAAUGGUUACGAUCCCCUUCACCUGCAAAGUUCUUGUGCAGGCUACAAAAUCCACGGUUUUCAAGCCACCCAACCCCUGGCUAAUGGAUAUCUUGGGCCUGCUGUUGGAGCUCUAUCAUUUCGCCGAAUUGAAGCUCAAUCUCAAGUUCGAGAUUGAAGUCCUCUGUAAAGAUCUUGAUCUCGACCACAAAACGAUUGAACCUGCAAUCGUCAUACGCGAUCGUGCUGCACACACCGAGGAACCACUUCCCACUGUUAGUGCACCAGAAGGUCUUACUGAGCCAUUCGAGGAUUUGUCCCUCAGCGCUAUCAAUCCAGCCAUUCGAAACGAAAGGUUGUCUCCGGCCGCUAUCAUGUCAACACUGCCAAGCCUUGACAAGAUUCUUGUGCUGCCCUCAUCGGCAAGCAGCAUGGUUGACCCCACCAUUCUCAAGCAGAUUGUGCAUACCGCAGUCGAGCGUGCCAUAGCCGAGAUCAUUACUCCUGUGGUCGAGCGCUCUGUCACUAUCGCGUCCAUUUCUACCGUACAACUUGUCUCCAAGGACUUUGCUAUGGAGCCUGAUGAAGAACGCGUUCGCCAUGCCGCGGGCAUCAUGGUCCGACAACUUGCCGGUAGCCUGGCACUGGUUACCUGCAAAGAGCCUCUGAAAGUUAGCAUGACUAACUACAUCCGCAUGAUUCAGCAAGACUAUUCUGAGCAGCCUAUGCCCGAAGGCUUGAUUCUGAUGUGUGUGAACGAUAACCUGGAUGCUGCCUGUGGAAUCGUUGAGAAAGCUGCAGAGGAAAAGUCGUUGCCAGAGAUCGAGAAGGUGAUUGAGCCUCAACUGGAGGCCCGUCGUCGCCACCAGGCCAGUCGCUCCAACGACCCCUUCAUUGAUCCCUCAAUGAACCGUUGGGGAUUGUUCAUUCCGGAGCCUUACCGCCAAGCCCCUGGCGGUCUCAACAAGGAACAACUCGCCAUCUACGAAGAGUUUGCCCGUCAAUCCCGAGGCCCGGCGCCAUCUACUGACGCAUCGGCUGGUCGUCAACUCCCCGAUGUCCUUGGAGAAUCUUACCCUGCUAUUCCAAAUCUUUCCACCCCGGCUGAGCAGCCAGCCAUCCCUCACAGAACCCCUCAGCCGCAGCCUGCUGUUUCUCAAAUGCCCCCCGUUCAGACCAACGGGUUCCUUGAUGCUCAAAGUCCCCGAGAACGGGUGGAAAGCCUCGUCUCCGAUCUUCAGCAGUCUGCUCGCAGCGCCCCUGAAGAACAUGUCAAGGAUCUGGGUAGAGAUAGUGCAGUUCUCCAAGAAUACAACCAGGCAUUGCGCAGCAUCCUUACCUCGACGAACGGAGAGGAGCUGGCACGACUUACCUCUUUGAAGGUUUGCACCCUUCUAUAUUCCCAGCCGCAUGGAUCUCUCGAGAUUGAAGUUCUUGUGCACCUUCUUGCCAAGCUCUGUGACAUGUCUAGUCUUAUCGCUCGAUACACGUGGGCACUGCUAUCUGAAGUUGAUGACGAGCACAUGUUCAAUGUGCCAGUCACCGUCGCCCUCAUUGAUGCCGGCCUGCUGGACAUUCGUCGGGUCGAUACGAACCUCACCCGACUCAUUCUUUCGAGGAGUGUGCCCGCUUUGGAGUUGCUCGGCAAUUUGAUGGACCGCGUUCUCUUCAAUGAAGAACCCUCCGCCCUUCGAUCAGACUUCUCUGGGAGUCUAGAUGCCAUGAGCCAAUGGCUUGCGGAAGAUCCAACCGUUGCUCCCGGCCUCGAAAUCGUGCGCAAGCUGCGCGAGUCUGGAAUUCCCGAGGUCGUCAACUCUCUCCUUACUGACCAAGCCAGGUCCAAGCGUGAUCAAAUGGAGUACAUCUUCAGCGAGUGGAUUGGUAUCUACAAGGCCCCCGGUGCAACUGACCGCACCUUCCACUCUUUCCUGCAGGAUCUCCACAAUCGCCAAGUGAUGAACAGCCAGGAGGACUCUGCGCUCUUUUUCCGUCUCAGCAUCGACAUUUCCGUCGCCAUGUUUGAGCAUGAGUCUCAAAACCCCAAUGGCGGCAGCCUUGAUGAGGCCUUCCUCUACAUCGAUGCCCUCGCUAAGCUCGUGAUCCUUCUCAUCAGGUUCCAGGGCGAGAAUACUGGCGCCGUCAAAGCUAACAAGGCUGCGUACUUCAACUCCAUUCUGUCUCUCUUGGUUCUGGUCCUCAACCACCACCAGGUCAUGAGAGGAGAAGCUUUCAACCAGCGUGUUUUCUUCCGCCUCUUCUCCAGCAUUCUGUGCGAGUACUCCAUGAACGGCCUCCAGCACACUGAGCAGCACCAGGGAAUGAUCUUUGCUUUGGCCAACAAAUUCCUCUCCUUCCAGCCCCGUUAUGUCCCCGGAUUCGUUUAUGGCUGGCUUUGCCUGGUCUCUCACCGAGUGUUCAUGUCUGACAUGCUCAACAUGCCCGAUCGUGCAGGAUGGGCGCCUUACUGCGAAAUCAUGCAAGCAUUGCUGUCCUACAUGGGCGAGCAACUCAAGGCUGCCAACAUUACAUACGUUGCUAAAGAUCUAUACAAGGGCGUUCUACGUAUCUUGUUGAUUCUGCACCACGAUUUCCCUGAGUUUGUGGCUGAGAACCAUUUCCAGUUCUGCAAUGUGAUUCCGGCUCAUUGCGCUCAGCUCCGCAAUCUUGUCCUCAGUGCCUACCCCUCGUCAUUCCAGAAACUUCCUGAUCCAUUCCGCGAAGGCCUGAAGGUCGAGCGUAUUGAGGAGAUGCGGGAAAUCCCCAAGAUUGCUGGUGAUAUCGUUGCUCCUCUGCGGGUUGCCAACAUCCAGGACAUCGUUGACAACGUGCUCCAAAAUGAGAACAUCUCCGAGUCUGCUGUUCAGCAGCUUUGCGACGCUAUCAUCAACCCUGAUUCCAAGGACACCGGUCUCUUCUUUGUCCCGGUCGACGUGGACGUCGUUCUGGUUAACGCGCUUGUUCUGUACAUUGGCCAACAAGCCGCAGUGGAGCAUGCUUCCAAGGGCAACACCCGCAGCGCCUUUGAGAACUCCACUCACGCUGCUCUUCUAGAGAAGAUCGCCCAAGUUCUGCGACCUGAGAGCCGCUACUACCUGCUUAGUGCAAUGGCCAACCAGCUCCGCUACCCCAACAGCCACACCUACUUCUUUAGCUUCACGAUUCUCCGUCUGUUUGGCGUGGACUACUCUGAGCAAGACGACUCGGAUAUCCGCCAGCAAAUCAUUCGCGUGUUGUUGGAGCGGCUGAUUGUCCACCGCCCACAUCCAUGGGGUCUGAUCAUCACCCUGCAGGAGCUCCUCCAAAAUCGGAGCUACUCAUUCUUCCGCCUUCCCUUUAUUCAGGCGGCACCUGAGAUCGGCCGUCUUUUCGAUGCCCUUCUUCAACAUAUUCAACAACAGAGCCCUCGGCCCAUUGCCUAG